UACCGGCACACAGGCUGCAUGAUGGCCGAGGGAGGCGGACCCGAGUCGGGUAACGCAGCGGACUCCGACUCGGAGCCGGUAGCUGCACAAAUACCGACUCCUUCAACCGAAAGUCAAAAACAGACUAUUGGGUCUCUUUUGAAAACGUCUCUGAGAAAGGGUGACGAAUGGUAUCUAAUAGACAGUCGGUGGUUCAAACAGUGGAAGAAGUAUGUGGGGUUUGACAGCUGGGAUAUGUACAAUGUUGGAGAACGAAGCCUCUAUCCAGGACCAAUUGAUAACUCUGGCCUGUUCUCAGACCAUGAGACUCAAGCCCUGAAAGAGCACCUUAUAGAUGAGCUUGAUUAUGUCCUAGUACCUACUGAGGCAUGGAAUAAGCUAGUGAGCUGGUACGGCUGCCUUGAGGGCCAGAGACCUAUCGUCAGGAAGGUCGUUGAACAUGGCAUGUUUGUCAAACACUGUAAAGUGGAGGUCUAUUUGCUGGAGCUGAACUUGUGUGAGAAUGACAAUAUGGACAAUGUUGUUACACGUCAUUUCAGUAAAGCUGAUACUAUAGACACUAUAGAGAAGGAGAUGAGAACACUGUUCAAUAUCCCAUCAGAGGAAGAGACCAGGCUCUGGAACAAAUACAUGAGCAAUACGUACGAGCAGCUGAACAAGCCAGACAGCACCGUACAGGAUGCUGGUCUUUUCCAGGGACAGGUGCUUGUGAUUGAGCGCAAAAAUGAGGAUGGUAUGUGGCCCAGACAAGCUUCACAUCCCAAAUCAAGUACAACCCCAUCCAGGAAUUUCACUACCUCUCCAAAACUCUCCUCAAACGCAUCCCCAACAGUAACCAAUGGAGACAGCAACUGCAGCCCUGGAUACACGCUGAACAACAGCACCUCAUCCAGCAACAGAUAUGGGAGCUACAAUUCAUACAGCUCCUACAAUUACAGGGAGUCACAAUCGCAGCCUGGCUUAUGUGGGCUCAGUAAUUUGGGAAAUACGUGCUUCAUGAACUCUGCCCUUCAGUGCCUGAGCAAUGCAUCUCCACUUACAGAGUACUUCCUCACUGACCAGUAUGAGGCAGAGAUAAACAGAGAGAAUCCUCUGGGAAUGAGGGGGGAGAUAGCUGAGGCCUAUGCAGAUCUAGUAAAACAAAUGUGGCUCAGCCGCAGCAGUUAUGUGGCCCCACGUACCUUCAAAACCCAGGUCGGACGCUUUGCCCCCCAGUUUUCAGGCUAUCAGCAGCAGGACUCUCAGGAGCUGUUGGCCUUCCUUCUUGACGGGCUCCAUGAAGAUCUGAAUAGGGUCAAGAAGAAGCCUUACUUGGCCCUAAGGGAUGCAGAGGGCCGUCCAGAUGAGAUUGUUGCCAAGGAAGCCUGGACAAACCACCGUUUGCGCAAUGACUCUAUUAUAGUUGAUAUUUUCCAUGGCCUCUUCAAAUCCACCUUGGUAUGCCCAGAGUGCUCCAAGGUAUCUGUUACCUUUGACCCAUUUUGCUACCUCACAUUGCCUCUGCCCUUGAAGAAGGACCGUACCAUGGAAGUUUUCCUGGUGCGAUCAGACCCUCAGUCAAGACCCACACAGUAUCGGGUGGUGGUCCCCAAACUGGGUACUAUAACAGACCUGUGCAGCGCCUUGUCCAAACUCUGUGGAAUCUCUCCAGAAAAUAUGGUGGUGGCAGAUGUUUACAAUCACAGAUUCCAUAAACUUUAUAGACGGGAUGAUGGUCUCAACCAAAUCAUGGAAAAGGAUGACAUCUUUGUGUAUGAGGUACAGGAGGAGAACAGUGAAAGGAUGAGCCUGCCUGUUUAUUUCAGGGAGCGCCACUCAAAGCAUGCUGGAAGCUCCACAAGCACCAUGCUGUUUGGCCAGCCUUUACUUAUCACCGUGCCCAGACAUAACCUCAUAGCAGACGUUCUUUAUGAUAAGAUCCUAGAGAGGAUUGGACGCUAUGUAAAACGCUCCCAGAGCCCUUCUACUGAAAGCAGGGCGUCAGCCUCAGCCACCAUAUCCAGCUGCAGUCAGGCCCCUGAAUGUUCUACAUCUUCUAGUCUCAAUGCCAGCCUGGGUGGCUGUGGCAGUCCCUUAUCAGAUGGGGCCUCCUGCAGCGCCAGCUCCAGCAAUGGCAGCAACCACUCAGGGACCUGCAAUGAAACGAAUGGGUUGUAUGAUGGUGAAGAAGAGGCCAUGGACCACCAAGUGAGUCCAGAGCCAGAAAAUGGCCAAUCUGAAGAGGAGGAGGAGGCCUCUGACUUACAAAAUGGGUCCAAAGGAGACACGACCAAGCUCUUUACAUUCAGCAUAGUCAACUCUUACGGAACGGCCAACAUUAGCCCGCUGCCUUGUGAUGGAAAUGUCCUCAAACUUAAUCCACAUUCCACAGUGGCCAUCGACUGGGACACAGAGUCGAAGAAACUCUACUAUGAUGAACCAGAAGCAGAGGCUUAUGAGAAGCAUGAGAGCAUGCUGCAGCCCCAAAAAAAGAAAACCACUGUGGCUCUAAGGGAAUGCAUCGAGCUCUUUACAACAAUGGAAACACUGGGAGAGCAUGACCCAUGGUAUUGUCCAACAUGCAAGAAACACCAACAGGCCACAAAGAAGUUUGACUUAUGGUCACUUCCUCGGAUUCUGGUGGUUCAUCUAAAGCGUUUCUCAUACAACCGAUGCUGGAGGGACAAGCUGGACACAGUGGUGGACUUUCCCAUCAGGGAUCUCAACAUGUCUGAGUUUGUGUGUGACCCUAAGGCCGGCCCCUACGUCUACGACCUUAUUGCUGUGUCAAACCACUAUGGAGGAAUGGGAGGGGGUCACUACACGGCUUAUGGCAAGAAUAAAGUGGAUGGAAAGUGGUAUUACUUUGAUGACAGCAGCGUCUCAUCUGCCACAGAGGAUCAGAUAGUGACUAAAGCCGCCUACGUGCUGUUCUAUCAGCGCAUAGACGAAGAAAGCCCCUCUAAACCUCAACCUUCGGCGUCAUUGGGAGGAGCCCCGGAGCCAGCCGAUGACCACAUGGACACAAAUUAGGAAGCCCAGAUGAAAAGGGACACACACUGAAGUGCAUAUGGCAAAUAGAGACACUCGGACGCACACACAAAGCUACUUUAGUGGCAGAGGAUUCCACAGACAUAAAAUUAUUAAUCCUACCUUCCCUGUAUUUUGAUUUGUCUCAUAUGUUGUCAGCUACAGCCAUCAGCCUUGACAUAAGAGUGAACUGUGAGACUUUCCUCCCUGCAGCGGGUGGUCUGCUGAUUUCUUAAAGUAGUUUGCUAGUCUGGAUUGAAGAGGAAUAUAAGUGAAUAUAGAAACUUAAGGUUAGAAGUGCCCUCAAAUAUAUAGAUAAACAAAUGUUUCUGUUGCCCACAAGACCAGGCAGAAAUAUUUAAAACAAAAAGCCAAAUGCAUUUGUUUCAACCAAAGCGAUCCAAGGUAUUUAUGAUAAAAUGAACAAACUGAUGUGUUUCCAGGAUGCUGGCUUUGUGCCUAGAUUUAUCUCACAUAUUCUUGCUGUGCUAAGGUAAAUUUUAGCAGUGUGAUGUGCACACAUGACAGUACAUGGCACCUUCUUUGUUGAAAGAAUCCUGUUACCUUAUGCCACCUGUUUAAAGUGAAACUAUUUCUGAGGGGAUCCUUCGGCUUCAGACUACCGGUAGCAGUGGAUCUGUGCCGCAUCUAGACCACAGAGAGGGUGUCUCAUUUCAAGGUCCCUAACAUCUAGAUCUUGACAUGAGUUGUGGCAGAAGCUGUUUUGGGGGGUUUGUUUUUUUUGUUUUGGCCUUGCUCUAGUUCAGCCAUGAGUUGUUUUUUUUGUUUUGUUUUUUUUUCUCCCCCGAAUAUGUUUUGAUGCACAGCACGGGCUCUGCUCUCGGGGCCCUAAACUCAUGAGAGGAGUCUUACCCUGCUCACAAUUUGUAUUUUCUUUUUUUUCUUUUUUGUAAUCAUAAUGAAAAAAGCGGCCUUUCAAUUCCUGCAACCUGUUUAAAAAGGAGGCACUUUGAAUUCUCCGUGAAAAUCUACCUGCUUCUGGUGUAUCUAGAAAUCAUGGAAGUGUAUGGUUAGGCCUUUAGCAUUAAAGGGUUUGGUCUGUCAUAUGCGUCCACAUAAUUUUAAUGUGUCUUUUAAGCUGCCUGACCGGACCCUUAGUUCACUUGCGAUAGCUUGUCCUAAUUAGUCUUGUACAAUAAUGCAGCUCUGUAUUGAAAUGGCUAUGAUAUUUGAUAUCUUCUAAGCACACUGAGUGAAGCGAAAUAAACUAGAAUAAAAGUGGUGCUUUAUUCAUGAAACUUGAACUUUGCUCCUUAUCACAAGGAAAAAUGUGUUAGAUGUCAGAUGGGGGUGGAGGAAAGCAGUCAUUUAACAGCAUUCUCACUGAAUGCAGGCACUUUGAGCCGGUUUUCCUUCCAGUGAUACUAAUACAGCAGUUGGCUCUUAAGUAAAGUUGAAAGUGAUUCUUUUAUUUUAUAUUAUUGAAGGCCAGACAUACACAACAAUCCCCUGGAGCACAUUUGUAAGUGGUGACUGGAUGUUUUGAAUGUGAUCAAGUAAAAACUAGAAUGCAUUUACUUGUGACAGUUAACACUUAAUAUAAUGUAAUCCCACAAGGCUUGUUCUGGGGCAUAAAUCUGCACCUGGUUUUAUAAUGGCACGCUAACAUACAGGGCCUUUGGGUGUCCUCCCUGCUGGUUGGUCCUGGCAUCAUCAUGUUGUUCAAACUACCUAAACAAUCAUUCAUGCCUAAAACUAGAAAAGCUUUAUAUCUGUAAUCUAGAUAUGUAACUGAAAACAGUUCAGCAGCAGAAAAUCUUGUCUUCUUAUCCACCCAAAAUUAUGUCAGCAGUUCAAACUCGAUCUGUACAUAAUCAACACUAUUUUAAAUAGGUGUAAAAAUGAUUGUUCUCAUAUUUAUCUUGUUGCCGAUAUCUGCAGUUUUGUUUUUAACUGAAAAAUAUUUGAAUUCAAAUUACAAUAAAGACUGGAAGCCUCAACAAGC